UGUAUGCGAUCAUUCUUUGAUUUUUACACCGGUUUGUUAAGAUUUGAGAUAGUUACUUACGGAAUAAACGAUUGAACAAUCUAAACAAUAUUUAAAGAUCUAUUUAUUAUUAGAAUAUUUCGUAAGAAUAAAAGAUACAGUGAUUUAGAAUCAAUGUAGACUCUACACAUAUACUAAAUGUGUACUAAAUAUUUAUGUCGUUUAUUUUUGAUUUGACUGAUCAGCGGCCAUUAUAUAUUUAAAAUGGUGUCAACAAGAGGUCCGAAAUUCAAGUUUUGUGAUGGAGAAAAAGUUUUGUGUUAUGAACCAGAUCCUACAAAGGCAAAAGUUCUGUAUGAUUCUAAGGUACUUGAUGUUAUUGUAAAUAAAGACCAAAGAGGUAGAAAAGCUGUGGAAUAUCUUAUACAUUUUCAAGGUUGGAAUUCAUCUUGGGACCGCUGUGUGACAGAAGAAUAUGUGCUUAAAGAUACAGAAGAAAAUCGUCAACUUCAACGAGAUUUAGCACAAAAAGCACAGUUACAAUUGGGUGCAUAUUUAUACCGCCGUGAACGUAAAAAGCGAAGUCAUAAAAUGUCAGAACGUUUAAUAGAAGCUGAACAUCAAGAGCCUCGGCGUAGAGCAAGAAGUGGUGGCAGUCGUGCUACAUCAGCUACCACUGGAUCUUCAGAGGAUGGUAGUUCAGGACAACAUGCUGAUUAUGACACAGAGGAAGCAAAUACAGAAGAGGAUACUGAGAGUAGUUCUGAUUAUAUGGGUGAAACUAGUGAUGAUGAAGAUAGUGGUGGAGGUAGUCAAUCUGGAGCCAGUAUGAAAUCAAUUGAUCUUGAUAUAGGUCCUACAUUAAAACGAUUUUUAGAGCAGGAUCAUGAUUUAAUAAUUAACAAGAACAAGUUUGUUGUUCUUCCUGCACAACCUACUGUGGUGAAUAUUUUGGAAUCUUGGGUACAACAUUUUACCACAACACAAUUGACAAAUAUCCCAGAAAAACCUCAACGAAAUAAAGCAUAUAAUACAAUAGAAAAAGCAGUUAACGAUGUAAAUAUAUGUCGAGAAACUGCGGACGGCUUACGUAUAUAUUUUGACUUUACGUUAUCUCACCUCCUUCUAUAUAGACAAGAGAAAGAACAGUAUAGUUCCUUAAAAGCUUCUUUGCUUUGUAAUAACGUAUCGGCACCAGUAAUGGUUAUAAAAGACGAAUUAUCUGAAAAUUCCGAAAUUCUUGGAAAAGAAGAAUUUGAAGAUACAGAAUAUGCUCAUCUACCACCAUUUCAAGAACAUGAUACAGAAAUGGAUAAUACAGUCAAGUCACUGAAUAAUUCUAAGCGAAAAUUGCGAUCAUGCCGAGUAAGUUCUGUCGAUGAAAGCCGUCAAUUAAGAUCUUAUGAUGAAGGGAAACAAGAUGGUGGCAAUCUAUCGAGUAGCAUAGCAAGUACAAGUUCCCGUUGUUCUAGCCCACGAGGUGUAACGCUAAGAAUGCCGCUUAUUACUUCUGGUCAAGUGAAUGCUUUACUUCAACAGUCGAAUAAAUGGAGAUUAAUGCCUGAAAUUUUAAAUAGUGGGUGUAUAUUAGGUCCCUCUACUUACUAUGGUGCUGUACAUUUAACUAGAUUAUUUGUGAAGUUACCUGAGUUGUUACAAUCCACAGAUAUAACAAACAAGAAAUUAAAAAUACUUUUAAAAUAUUUAGAUAUGUUUCUCAGUUAUUUGGAAAUGCAUAGAGAAUGGUUUGGAGAACAAUUCUACAUGCAAGUAGAAGAUCGAAAUUUAACAUCAAUACAAAUAAACAGCACAACGCAAAUUAAUAACUAACAAUAUAUUUAACAACAUUUAUAUAAUUAUAUAACUGAUCUUUUUCUCAAUAAAAUGAUAAUGUAUAUUUUUGUGAUAUGUAAGAACAUGUAUAUUCGU